GGGUUAACCGGGUAAUCUGAGGUUCUGGGGCAGGAGUGCAAAGUAGAGUUCUUCUGAAGGGAUAUUUUAAAGAUAUCCCAAUUUAUAUGAUUUCUUUAUCACCGCUUCAACAAACUUUCGCUCUAAGUAUAGGGAAACUGCCUCCCUUCUGUAUACGCUGCGAAGGGACUCUUAAUUUGAAAUAUUUACAUGAAAUAGGGGGCGGAGAGUUUUAUCUCUACGGCACAAACAAUUUUAACUCUCAGUUACUCUGCUGUUUGGGUUUGGUCCCCUUCUUUUUAAUGGCAGAUCUCAUUUCUACUGCAGAUCAACGGGGACCAGUUAUGUAUUGAACACAGGAGAUCAACACGCUACCCUCCUGGAACAAACACUCCAAAUGAGCACUAACUGUGCAAUUGGAAUGGAGAGCAUGAACAAUCAGGAAUCAUGUCAACUCACAGAAGACAUAACUACUACUCCCCAUGGUCCAGGAGAAAGUAACCUGAAACAGGGCAGUGACGCCGGUAACCUUUUCCCUCUUUGCAGAAAUAAUGGAAGUAAAAGAAGUCUAGAUUACCAUUCCACACAAGAGCAUGGAAACAACUGUUCCAGUUUGAACAACAGUGGACACGUCCAGGCACAAGAGAAAGUGACUCUGGUUGUAGAUGGCACUAGAUUUGUGGUAAAUCCUCAGAUAUUUACAGCUCAUCCUGAUACUAUGUUGGGAAGAAUGUUUGGUCCGGGACGAGAAUAUAACUUCACUCGGCCAAAUGAGAAGGGUGAAUAUGAAAUUGCAGAAGGAAUCGGCUCCACUGUGUUCCGGACAGUGCUGGAUUAUUACAAAACUGGAGUAAUUCACUGUCCUGAUGGGAUUUCUAUUCCUGAUCUCAGAGAUACCUGUGAUUAUCUUUGCAUCAGUUUUGACUUCAACACAAUCAAGUGUCAAGAUUUGAGUGCUUUAUUGCAUGAGCUGUCUAAUGACGGUGCUCACAAGCAGUUUGAUAGUUACCUGGAAGAGCUGAUUUUGCCUAUAAUGGUGGGCAGUGCCAAGAAAGGAGAGCGCGAGUGUCACAUUGUGGUUUUAACUGAUGACGACAUAGUGGACUGGGAUGAAGACUAUCCGCCUCCCAUGGGAGAAGAAUACUCACAAAUCCUAUAUAGUGCUAAGCUCUACCGAUUCUUCAAGUACAUAGAAAAUCGGGAUGUUGCAAAAACAGUCUUGAAAGAACGAGGCCUAAAAAAUAUUCGAAUUGGCAUUGAAGGUUACCCAACAUGCAAAGAGAAGGUGAAGAGGAGGCCUGGAGGACGCUCAGAAGUGAUAUAUAAUUAUGUGCAACGUCCAUUCAUUCAGAUGUCUUGGGAAAAGGAAGAAGGAAAGAGUCGCCAUGUUGACUUCCAGUGUGUGCGAAGCAAAUCUCUAACAAACCUUAUGGUGGAUGAUGAUAUAGCAGAAGACCAGCAGGUUAUGCCUUACCCUCCCCAGGUGGAUGAACUUGACAGAUUAAAGGCACCACUUUCUCAAAUAAAUCCUAGUGAUCUACCAGAUUAAAAUGGAAGAACAGUACAGAGUUUUCAUAAAUGGAUUUAGUGAUCUGCCCAAUUUGAGCUAUACUGUUGAGUGGAGCCUGCCAUCAGGCUUCCUACAAAUGGAUCUCUUACAUGCUGUUAUUUUUUCAGUUGCUGUGCUUGUUAAAUGUAGCCUUUCUUCAAACUGAAGGCGCUGGCGUUCUUAAAUCCAAAGCUGAAGGUUCCCAAGUUUGCAUUUAACUUUGUCAAGGAAUGGAAGUAAAUAUUGUGAUUCAUUACACUGGAAGACAUAAAAUGUAUAUGAAUAUGCAGUUCUGUUAA